UCAGUUGAGAUUGGGCUGUAGAGAGGUUGGUGUUUUGAGUAUUUAAAGUAUUUAAAAAUUAUACAGACAGUUCAGGCAUUUUAUAGUUUUUAAAAGCGAUCAAAAUGACAUAAACUCAAGUGAGAUCCAUGUGACACUAUUAUAAAGAUGGCAUUUAUUAAAGAGGAGAGUGAAGACAUGAAAAUUGAAGAAGCUUUCAGAGUCAAACAUGAAGAUACUGAGGAACAAGCAGACCUGACGGUACUGGAAGAAGAGAAUGAAGUACUGAAUAAAAUCAAAGAGGAAGAUCAAUACAUAAAUCAUGAUGUUAAAACUGAAGAAAAAUCUUAUAGUUGUUCAGAGAUUGAAACAACUUCCAUACAGGAAAAGGCUCCAAAGACAGGAAAUAUAAGUUAUUUCACCUGCCAAGAGUGUGGAAAGAGUUUCACUCAUAAAGGAAGCUUUAACAGGCACAUGAGGAUUCAUACAGGAGAGAAACCUUACACCUGCCAACAGUGUGGAAAGGGAUUUCAUCAACAUGGAAACCUUAAAGUCCACAUGAGAAUUCAUACAGGAGAAAGCCCUUUCACCUGCCAACAGUGUGGAAAAAGAUUCAAACGAAAAGUAAACCUUGAUUACCACAUGAUAGUUCACACUGGAGAAAGGCCUUACACCUGCCAGCAGUGUGGAAAAAGUUUCGGCCGAAAAGGACACCUUCGUUACCACAUAAAAGUACACAAUGGCGGGAGACCCUACAAAUGUCCUCAGUGUGGAAAGAGUUUCAGCCAAAAAGAAAAAUAUGAAUACCACAUAAGAUAUCACAGUGCAGAGAAACCCUACACAUGCCCCCAGUGUGGAAAUUGUUUUAUUCUAAAAAGAAAAUAUGAAGACCACAUCAGAAAUCACAUUAAAAAGAAACCCUAUCAAUGCCCACAGUGUGGAAAGAGUUUCAUUCAAAAAGGACACUUUAAAGACCACAUAAGAACUCACACUGGAGAAAAACCUUUUACCUGCCAACAAUGUGGAAAUAGUUUCCGCCAAAAAGGAAGCCUGAACAGACACAUGAGAACUCACAUUGGCGAGAAGUCAUUUGUAUGUGGUCAGUGUGGAAUGAGUUUCAAAAAUGAAGCAGCCCAUGAACACCACAUGCAGAUUCAUACGAGAGAACUGCUGUGUGUUAUCAGUGUGGAAGAUGUUUCACAGACAGGAAACACACGAGGAAUCAUGGAGAGAAGCCUUACAUGUGCUUGAGGUUUACCUAAGUGACUGAUCCACUUACAGCACUUUUUUGCUUGGAUAUUCUGAUAAUGUCUUUUUGUUCUCUGUGUUCCUCCUCCUACAGCAACUAUUGCAAACACAAAAUAGAUGAAUUUUGGAGGCAUUAAAUAAGGCAUUGUCUAUUUACACUAAGUGCAAAUGGCCUGCCUUGUUGGCAGAGGCUGUUUACUCCAACUCUGCCCACCAAUGUGUGAGUGGGCUAGUCAACACUACAAGACGUCUAUAAAGUGUCAGCUCUAGUGGUGCAGAGAAUAAAGAGGGUGUUCUAUUUUUUACGAUACAAAUAGACCUGGGUUCGAAUCUGCCUGCUGGAAAAAAAAAAUUCUCCCUUUUCAAAUCUCACAUGUGACCCUGGACCACAAAACCAGUCAUAAGGGUCCAUUUGUCAAAAUUGAGAUUUCUACAUCAUCUGAAAGCUGAAUAAAUAAGCUUUCCUUUGAUGUAUGGUUUCUUAGGACAGGACAAUAUUUGGCCGAGGUACAACUAUUUGAAUAUAUGGAAUCUGAGGGUGCAAAAAAAUGUAAAUAUUGAGAAAAUCGCCUUUAAAGUUGUCCAAAUGAAGUUCUUAGCAAUGCAUAUUACUAAUCAAAAAUUAAGUUUUGAUAUAUUUACAGUAGGAGUUUUACUAAAUAUCUUCAUGGAACAUGAUCUUUACUUAAUUUCUUAAUUUAUUUAUUUUUUGCCAUAAAAGAAAAAUCCAUAAUUUUGACCCAUACAGUGUAUUUUUGACUAUUGCUACAAAUAUACCCCAGCGACCUGAGACUGGUUUUGUGGUCCAGGGUCACAUAUCAUAUAGGAAAAGCAUUUAUUUUCAAUAAAAAUGAAGGGAAUAAUUGAAAAGUUGAAAAUAAAGUAUCAGUU